AUGGCGGGAGGCAACCAAACAAAAGGUCAAAAACAACCAUCUUCGAAUAAGCCACCAAAUCCUCCUUCCCAUUCUUCUUCUUCCGAACGCAAUAAAUCCCGGUUGGAAUCUUCCUCCUCCGCCACCGCGGCCGCCGCAGCAACGCCUCCGUCUAAUCGGAAGCCUUCCAAUUCCGUGCAUAACAAAUCAACAUCCACGCCUAAUAAUUCCAAGCCCCAAACUCCAAAACCCAAACCAAAUAAUUUCAGUGGCAAUAAACCAUCUCCAAGACCACCGAUAAACCCAUCUCUCAGAGGACCUAGACCAGUAGACCCGAAUCCGAAUCACUCCAAGCUUCCCCCUUUUCCCUUCCCCGACCCGCCUCCGCCACCUACAUAUGGUUUUCACUCGCUUGACCGCCGGACUAUUGUCCUCGCCGACGGUUCUGUGCGAUCUUAUUUUGCUUUACCUCCGGAUUAUGAAGAUUUUAUCCCGUUCCCGCCUCGGACUGAAUUUCGGGGUCCGGCGUUUGGUUUCGAUAGGAAGUUCCCAAUCAGCCCGGAUUUCCGUGGUCCUGAAUUACGGCAUGAAUUGGGAGAGAGGGUUGAUGGUUUAACGAGGUUUAGGAACCAAGACUUUAGGAAUGCAGGGAAUUCUUUGAAGAGGAAGUUUGGGGAUGAGGAAAGGGAAGGGAGAGAUGGGUUUGAGAGGCAAAGGCUGCAGCUUUUGCAGUAUGGAAGUGACAAUUCAAAUGCAAUGGCUGGGACGAGUGGAAUUCAUGGGGAAGGGAGAAGAGGGGAAGUGAGGGCUGCCAAAUCAAUGAGGAUUGGUGAGGGGAGUGUGGGAAAAACAAAACAUCAUGAGGUUGAUCAGGAUGCGUUGAGGAAGGCCUUUUUGCAUUUUGUCAAGUUAAUUUUCGAGAAUGCAACUCAGAAGAAGAAAUAUUUGGCCAACGGAAAGCAAGGGUCUUUGCAGUGUGUUGCUUGUGGAAGGUCUUCGAAAGACUUUACAGAUAUGCAUGGUCUCAUUAUGCACGUAUACAGUUCAGAUGCCCCUAACUUGGCUGUGGAACACUUGGGAUUACACAAGGCUUUGUGCAUACUGAUGGGGUGGAAUUAUAGGAUCCCUCCUGAUAACUCAAAGGCUUAUCAAUUCCUGUCUGCUGAAGAAGCAGUAGGAAACUUGGAUGAUCUUAUUAUGUGGCCGCCUUUGGUGAUAAUUCAUAAUACAAUCACCGGAAAAGGUAGGGAAGGUCGGAUGGAGGGUUUAGGUAACAGGGCAAUGGAUAAUUUCCUUAGAGAUCUUGGAUUUCAUGGUGGCAAGUCAAAGUCUAUGUAUUCAAAAGAUGGCCAUCUGGGCAUUACUCUUAUAAAGUUUGGUAGUAAUCAGUCAGGAUUGAUGGAAGCACUGCAACUGGCUGAGUAUUUUGAAAGAGAGAACCAUGGGCGAAACGGUUGGGCCCGUGUGGAGUCCCUGAAUUUAAGCAAGGAAGAUGAUAAUAAUCCAAACCUUGUUAAGGUAGAUGAGAAGACUAAAGAAAAAAAGAGAAUCUUUUAUGGGUAUAUGGCGACAGUUUCUGAUUUAGACAGGGUUGAUUUUGAAACUAGGAAGAAAGUCGUGAUUCAUAGUAGAAAGGAAUCGGAGCUUCCCAAGUAG